UAACCAUCAAAUGACAUACCACCGAUGCCAGUGUUUCAGCUCUAAUCUUGGCGUCUUGACUGCUUUGAUUCCUAGGACCCUACGAUGACUCUAAAUAAUGUCACCAUGCGCCAGGGCACUGUGGGCAUGCAGCCACAGCAGCGCUGGAGUAUCCCCGCUGAUGGAAGGCAUCUGAUGAUCCAGAAAGAUCCCCAUCCCUGCAACCUCCGCAACCGCCAGUCUACUGCUCCUGAAGACCACUGCCGACGGAGCUGGUCCUCCGACUCCACAGACUCUGUCAUCUCUUCUGAGUCUGGGAACACCUACUACCGAGUAGUGCUUAUAGGGGAGCAAGGAGUGGGCAAGUCCACCCUGGCCAACAUCUUCGCUGGUGUGCAUGACAGCAUGGACAGUGACUGUGAGGUCUUGGGAGAAGAUACCUAUGAGCGUACCCUGGUCGUCGAUGGAGAGAGUGCAACGAUCAUCCUCCUGGACAUGUGGGAGAAUAAGGGGGAGAACGAGUGGCUGCAGGAGCACUGCAUGCAGGUCGGGGACGCCUACCUGAUCGUCUACUCCAUCACAGAUCGGGCGAGCUUCGAGAAGGCGUCUGAGCUGAGGAUCCAGCUCCGCAGGGCCCGGCAGACGGAAGACAUCCCUAUAAUUCUGGUUGGCAACAAAAGUGACUUAGUGCGGUGUCGAGAAGUGUCUGUGUCAGAAGGGAGAGCUUGUGCGGUGGUGUUCGACUGCAAAUUCAUCGAAACCUCCGCGGCCGUGCAGCACAACGUGAAGGAGCUGUUUGAUGGCAUCGUGCGGCAGGUCCGCCUGCGCCGGGACAGCAAGGAGAAGAACGAGAGGAGGCUGGCCUACCAGAAGAGGCGGGAGAGCAUCCCCAGGAAAGCCAGGCGCUUCUGGGGCAAGAUUGUAGCCAAAAACAACAAGAACAUGGCUUUCAAGCUCAAGUCGAAAUCCUGCCAUGACCUCUCUGUGCUCUAGGAACCCAGUGCCACCCAGAUGUCCCCCAUGAUGGACGUCGUUGAAGGCUUUUGGGACCAGUGAUCUAUAUUAGAUUGGAAAUAAGCAUUGUUAGACGCGGCUUCCCUUACUGCAGAUGGGAACCAACAGGUUAGCCUCAUGGGCACGAACGCACGGGCAGUGCAAGGUCUUUGUCAAGAGGCUGUAUUUAUUCCUAGGAAACGCUUGACUUGCUAACAGACACCCACGUGAGACUCAUUUAAGGGCAGGUUUGGGGCUCACAUGAGCUUUUUCUCUUCACUGGGCAGCAGAAUAUUGAAACGGAUGAAGAAUGUCUAGAACAGGAGGGUUUCAUCAUUGCCCUGUGCCCAGUGUUGUUCCGUGUGACUCUUAGGCCCUUGAGUCGUAAAGAAAUCUAGGCAAAAGGUGAGUUUAUUGGAAGGAGAAGGGCUUUCUCCAUACACAUAUUCCUGCAAGGACAGGGGUAGAUCUGGCCCCACCACAGCUGUGAUGAUGACUGUGCCAUCGAACUCUGAAGAGAAUGGUUGGAAUUUGCUGGAAACUAAGGCUUACUAACAGUUU